AUGCAUGAAUGGUUGGAUGAACACAAAUACGAGGUUGUUGGUAACAUAGAGGAAGAGACACUUGAUGGUGCAGGACUGUUUAAGGAAGUUGCAACAGGGCAUUGGGAUGUGGGUGACAUUGACGAUGAGGAAGAGAAUGGCGAUGAGGAUGAUGACGAGUAUGAGGAUGCCAAUGACGAUGAGGAUGACCAUCAGAGGACUCAUUUUUUCAUAAAGGAUAAUGGGAUGCAGGUAGACAUGGGUGAGAAUUCAGGUGUAGUUGCCACCUUAGCCUACUUAAAUAUCACACCUGAUGGUCCAUAUGUAGAUCCAAUGUACUUGGCUGCAUUCUUCCAUAAUACUUACAAACAGCCAAUCCAUGGGAUGAAUGGACAAAAUAUGUGGCCUUCUACUGACUUGAUACCCCCUUUGCCUCCAUUGAAAAGACGUAUGCCAGGAAGGCCAACCAUAAAGAGAAGAAGGGAUGCUUUUGAACGGAUUGGAAAACACACCAUUUCAAAGGAGUCUAUAAACGUUACCAUAGGGGUUGGGGAUGAUGAGGUAAUGGUUGAUGCUAGUGAUGCAUUGGAGAGGACUGGUAAGGAAGACCAAAUGGUGAAGGUCAAUGCUCGUGUUCAUCAAGUUCAGCAUGUUAAACCACCUAACAAACGGAAGAAGUCGGAAAGAAUCAUUAAAAUAAACCUUGCUAAAAAUGUGCGAGGUGAAGGUGGCAGUCUUGCAACGCCCAUGGAGUUGGAUUAA